CGUCCGGGCCGCGCUGAUCGCAGCGCGCCAUUGGCCGCUGUCUGCGCGCACGUCACGAUCAUGAUGAGAAUUAAUGAUCGGGGCCGCUGAUUUCAUUGUGUGACGCCGGGACCGACCCAGCCGAGCCCGGCCGAGCCCGGAGCCCCCCGCGCCGGCCCCGCGCUACACGUUGUUCUUUCUUUUGUGGCACUCCUCGAGAUGGAACUUGUUUCCAUUAGUUGCUAAAAAGGAAUGACCUGGCUUCACCAGGUCUCCCUGGAGAGAUUCCUGAUUUUGGAAUGCUGGAUGAAUGCCAAUGUGUUGCCAACCAGCUGGACACCUGGCUUCCCAAAAGCUCACAUGCUUGUUUGCUAAGCUUGGCAAGUCAAGAUCAAAAUGAAAUUAUGAUAAAAAUCCAUGUGGAUUUCUAACUUGGAGUCUGAGGUUCAAGACAAAGAUGAAUCUGCGUUCUGUAUUUACUGUAGAGCAACAAAGGAUAUUACAGCGUUACUAUGAAAAUGGAAUGACAAAUCAAAGUAAAAAUUGCUUUCAGCUCAUAUUACAGUGUGCACAAGAAACUAAACUGGAUUUCAGCGUGGUCAGGACGUGGGUUGGCAACAAGCGGCGGAAGAUGAGCAGCAAGAUCGCCGUGGAAUCUGGGGGCACCCCGCCAGGGACUGCCCCUGCCACUCCCUCCGUGCCCCCCGAAGCAGCAGUGAGAAAUGUGGUGAAUAUCGCUCGAUCCCAAAGCCAGCAAUCCUCUUGGACCUCUUCUAACAACGACGUGAUAGUGACUGGUAUCUACAGCCCUGCCAGCUCCUCGGGCCGCCCGGGAGCCGCCAAGCACACGAACGCCUCCGUGGCAGAGCUGCACAAAACCUCCAUCCCGCGGCUCCCGGGCAAGAGCGACGCAGACUUCCAGCAGCAGCACAUCCCUCUGGGGCGGCAGGUACCCCACUGUAAAAACGCUUCCCUCUUGGUGGGGGAAAAGACCAUUAUUCUAUCCAGGCAAACGAGCGUGCUCAAUUCUGCCAACUCCAUCUACAGUCACACGAAGAAAAGCUACGGCAGCUCCUCGGUGCAGACGGCGGAGCUGGUGUUACCUCAGAAACCCAUGAUUUGCCACAGGCCCUGCAGGGCCGAGCCCUUGGCGUGCCAGCGCCUGCACAAAGCCGAGCCCGCGGCCCUGGCGUCGCACGUGGCCCCCGGGCCGAGGGCUCACCCCAGGGACCCCGCGUGCGGCACCCAGAACCUGGAGAUCCGCGAGGUGUUCUCGCUGGCCGUCACGGACCAGCCGCAGCGGCUGGUGGCGGGGGGCGCGGCGCAGAAACCCCCCUCGCUGGAGGGCAGCUGCCUGUCCAUCGCCAUGGAGACGGGCGACGUGGACGACGAGUACGCCCGCGAGGAGGAGCUGGCCUCCAUGGGGGCGCAGAUCCAGAGCUACUCCAGAUUCUGUGAGGGCAGCGGCUCCGGCCGCGGGGACAACCAAAGCGCGGCCGGGCCGGGCCGCAGCGGGGGCUGUGGGGCACAGCUGGGCAGUGCCAGGGACGGGCCUGACAACCUCCUCUACCACAGCAGAGAGUUCCACCUGCCUGCACGGACCUCAUUGCACACUACGUCCAGCACGAUUUAUAACCCUGCCAACGCAGCCAGAAGUACCUUUUCUCCUCAUUUUACAUCUUCAAGUCAACUGAGGCUGUCACAAAACCAAAAUAAUUACCAGAUUUCAGGAAACCUUACUGUGCCUUGGAUUACAGGUUGUUCCAGAAAAAGAGCAUUACAGGACCGCACACAAUUUAGUGACCGAGACUUAGCUACCCUAAAGAAAUACUGGGACAAUGGCAUGACCAGCCUGGGCUCAGUCUGCAGAGAGAAAAUUGAAGCUGUGGCUGCAGAAUUAAAUGUUGACUGUGAAAUAGUUCGGACUUGGAUUGGGAAUCGAAGACGGAAAUAUCGUUUAAUGGGGAUUGAGGUCCCACCCCCUAGAGGAGGUCCUGCUGAUUUCUCUGAUCAGUCUGAAUUUGUUUCUAAAUCAGCACUUAAUCCAGGAGAGGAGACUGCUACUGAAGUGGGGGAUGAUAAUGAUAGGAAUGAUGAAGUAUCAAUCUGCUUAUCUGAAGGAAGCUCACAAGAAGAGACAAAUGAAGCUCUUCAAAAUGAAGAAAUUGGCCACAAAGACGAUGACCAGAAUCCAGUUUCCACUGAUAAUGUGAAAAUAGAAAUUUUAGAUGAUGAGGAGAGUGAUCUGAUCAGCAAUUCUGAAGUGGAUCAGAUGAGUUCUCUUUUGGAUUACAAGAAUGAAGAAGUCAGGUUCAUCGAGAGUCAGCUGGAGAGCCACAAACAGAAAUAUUUUGAGCUGCAGACGUUUACCCGGAGUUUGAUACUUGCAAUUAAAGCAGAUGAUAAGGAACAGCAGCAGGCUCUGCUUUCAGACUUACCUCCUGAGCUUGAAGAGAUGGAUUUCAGCCACACCUCCCCCGAGCCCGACGAUACCUCAUUCAGCCUCUCGUCGCUGUCGGAGAAGAACGCCUCGGACAGCUUGUGAUGCCUCGUUCUGCAGGACACAGCAGAAACCCCAGGGAGUGCAGAGAGAGAGAGAGAGAGGGGCUUCUGCUCUGCAGAGCUCUCAGCCUGUGCUGGAGCCUCCUCACAGCCUGGCACUGCCCGGGAAUUGGCAGUGCUGGCUUUGGAAAAUGAAAGAGCUGGGUGAGGGAAGGGUUCACUGGUAGCAGCUUGGCCUCGGGUAGGAUUGACUCUGACUCUCCAGAACAGCUCUGGCUCUGUAGCAAAGUCUUUUUGAGCAGGGAUGCAAGAGUGGGAAACACACACGGUGAGUUCUCCAGCUCCACGUGCUCCCCAGGCCUGUUUAUUAUAUUUUUCCCCAUUUUUACUCAGGUAGGUGGACUAAAAAUUGGGGAUCCAAAUAGAAUAACAGGCUUUCUCUGAGUUGUGCUUGAAAACCUGAAAUUAAACUGAAGUGGUUUUUGUUUUUUGAUUUGAGAUUGUUAAAUCUUCCAUUUUUCUGACCAAAAUAGCUGAAAAAACCUUGAAAGGCUAACUGAAAAAAACUGAAUUAUCAUGAAUAAAUUAUUAAUGCAAAGAAGCAGUGAUAAGUGUUGGAAGAAAUGAGGUGGAAAUGGGAACCCUGAUAGCUGCAGGACACAACUUCCUAAUACAGUAGCAAUGGGAUUGAGUGUUUACACUCUUUAAUGAUUGUAGUCACAGUUUUUAUUUGUCAAAGCCUGAAUGCUAAAAUACUGCUUAUUAUUUUAAUUCUUGGGUAUUUUUCCACAAACUUUGCUCCAUUUUACCAAGCCAGUCAGAAUCAGAAUUCCACAGCUGUCAUUGCAUCCUGAAAGGUUUUCCAGCGUUGGAAGGGAGCUCUGCAGAUCUGGUUUGAAGCCCUGCCUGGUGCAGUUUUGGGCAAAUGCCAUUUCUAAGCUGUGAUGUGGAUUGCAGGCAGGGGCUGGACUGAAUUUCUGCUUUCCCAGAGCUGUUGGCACUGAAUCCCUUCAGCCCUGGGUGGGGAGGCUGUGCAGGGAUGUCCAGGUGGGUGCAGUGGGCUGUGUUGGUGUCCAGGGGAUGCCUGGCCAAGGCAGGUCUCAGUCCUGGAGCUCUUCUCCUCCAGGAUGGUUCUGUGGGAUGCUCCAGGUGCUGCCCAUGGCAUUGAUGCUCCAAUUCCACCCUGGAUAUCCCUCAGCAAGCAUUUUUCACACAGGUACUUCAGUGUGGUAAAAACCCUGAUCUUCCCAUUUUAUGCCAAAUAAUAAUUGACUCUGGGGAAUCCUUUUUCAAAUUAAGUAAUCCCCUUAAUUUCAGUGGGAGGUCCAAGGUGUAGCUCAGAAAAUCCAGAGUGUUGGGGAAAUCACACCUUUUUUUCCUUUAAUACUGGGAUUAGACUCAGGUUUAGGGUUUUUUUCAGUCUCAUCAGUUCCUCUCUAAUCACUUGUACAGCUCUUUCUGUUUAGUAUCAGUAGUGAGCUCUGUUCUUUCAGGUUUUUAGUCUCUCCUUGGGCAGGAGGAGCUUUUAGCAAUACUGUUAAAUACCAGCUGCAGAAAGGGCAGGAAUGGUUUUAAAAGGUGUUCUAAAAAACCAAAAGUCUCACAGUGUUACUCCCUGUACAGUUCUGUAAGUUCCCAGCAGAGCCACCUUUCCACAGGGAAAGCUCAGAGUUCCAGGCUGCUGGGCCUGUGUGUGAGCUGAGGCUUUAAAACUCUGAGUGGAAAGGAGGUUUGUGAGCAGAGCUCACAGUGCUGUCCUUCACAGGGAGGGAGGACAGAGCUGAGCUGGAAUUCUCUGAAAAACUCAUUUAUAAAGGGUUUUCUGUGCCAGGCUGACAAUGGUUUCUAUUGCUGUUCUCUUUAGACAGGAAAUUUGUGCCACUGACAAUGAAACCUCUUGUUUUCUGUGAUAAAUUAACAUAAAAUAGUGCUGGGAGUUGCCACUAUUUGGACCCUGCUUUCCUGCUUCUUCCACUUGAAUUCCCAUGAGAGAGAGCAGGAUACUCUUAACAGGAGUUCUCAAUUUCAUGGUCAAUUAAAUCAUCUGCCUUCCUGCAGGAAAAACUUCCAUUGAUGAUUCCUACUUUGCUGUCUUGCUGCUAUUUCACAUCCAAACAAACCGAAGGAAUGAAUUUUGAAUGAACUGUUGGCUAGAUACAAGCAGUGAUGUCAGCCCCUGUUCUCCAGGGAGCUGGGAUCCUCUUGGGUGUGCAGCUGAGAUGAGCUGCAGUCAGAGCCCACCCCAUCCCUGAGCAUGUUCUGUGGGGAGACAAAACACAGCCUGGGACACCUGACAGCACUACAGGAUAGCCAGGAAAAAAAAAAAGAGUAUGAAUUCUGUCCCUGAAUAACAAAAUCUGGGGAGGAAGAUGCUCCACAGCUCCUUGGCUGGGUUUUUUCAGUGUCUCUGUGUAUUUCCAGCAGAAAUGGAAUGGCUGCUGCCAUUAGAGGUGGUUAAAUGUUGGUGGAGAGCAGUGGGGGUGGCUCUGGGGUGGCUUUGGGGUCAGGGUGUUUCCCCUGUCUGUAGGGUGGUGACAAACACCUGCAGUAAGUGCAGUUCAUCAUUCCAUACCCUUCCACAGGAGAUGAGGCUCAUGCUGUGCUUUUCAGGGUGCCAGAAAUCAGCCCCCUUUCUGUCCCAGUGAGUGACUGAUGUGAAUUACCACUGCAGCAGAAGGGCCUGGUGCUGGUGGCUUUAUCACUUUCUGUGCCCAGGUACCAAUGUUUGACCAUCCUGCAGAAUCUUUGUCCAUGAACAAUGACUUCCCUGUCACUGUUCAUUCCCAAAGCACCCAUGGGACCAUCAGUGAUGCCUUUCAGAAGGUGGGAGGGUUGCCCAGAGCAGACACUACACAGAGGCAGCAGGGCUCUCCCUGGGGAGCUGGAUUGGCUGCUGGAAGGUUUGCUCAUGGUUAAACCCUGUUUCCUGGAGCUCUGCCUGCUUUCCUCUCCCUGCAGGUGGUGCUUCAGUCACAUCCAUAGGUCUGACAGGAGUAACAGCAGCAGGGAAUACUCCAAUAAAACAAUAAAUACUCCAGUAGGUGAAUUUGGGGCAGGUUUAAAGGUACCUGAGCAGAUGAACCAUACAAGGUUUCUGGAGUGCCCAGCCCUGGAGGCAGCUCUGCACUUUAAUCUCUCCAAGUAUUUCUUUUCACUAAGGCAAUAAAAAGUGUGAAAUGAGGAGUUUGGGGCUUUGCAGCCCUGUGAGUGAGGAAAAGAAUGUCCUGGUGGUGUCCUCACCUUGAACUGGGAGCAGCUUUGGAGAGUCUGCUGUGUGCUGCUGGGCUCAGACUGGGGAGGGGCUGGGACAAACCAGCAGCAUCCUGGACAUCGUGCUUGGGAAUGGGAAUCCCUGCUCCAGAGGGAUCUGCCCUCCCCUGGGGGAUCUCCUGCCACUGAGCACAGGCUCCUGCACCACUGACCUUCUGCUGGCUCUGCUCUCAGCCUGAGGGACAGGAUGUGCACGAAGGGAAUAGCACAGAAUUCCUGCCACAGGAGCAAUUCAUAGCCUGUUCCAGCCCAAAGCCUGAUGUCCAGGGGCUGAAGGGCUGGAGCCUGGCCAGACUCUGCCUUUUCUGCCCCAAAUCCUCCCAGCCUGGCUGAGCAAAGCUGGGGUGGUCAGUGAGCAGCCUGCACCUGCUGCAGAGAAACCAGCUGGGCUGUGCUGCUUGGUUCCUUAAUCAAGAAUGGUUUAUUCAUUGACUAAAGGUGAAAUCUGAGAAGUUUUGGGGUGAAAAAAAAUAGUCAAGGCAGCACAAGAAAAUGGGUGUUUUCCAUGGAAGAGCAGGAGUUUAGAGUGUGAGUGUUUAUUGCUCUGAGGAGCAGCAGCUGCUUUGUCAGAGGGCAGCAGGAACGGGGCAGAGCCUUGGGCUCCUGGGGGCUCUUUCCCCACAAAGGAGCAAAUCCUCCUGGCUGAAGGAGGUGUUCCUGGAAGGAAAACAGUUCAGGUCAGUGCUUUGGCUCUGGAACAGUUUCCCAUGUUACUGAAGGAAGUCACUAACUCUUUUCCAGCUCUGUUUUACAUUUUACACAACGCUACCUCUCAAACGUGACACCCCUUAAACCCACACAGAAAAUGUGAACUUAGGAAUUUUUUUUUAACCUUUUAUAGGCAAUAAAUUAUUCCCAACAUGCAUCCUUCAGUUUGUGUUUGGUUUUUGCUGAGUGUGAGCCAUUGCUUUGCUUUUAUUUUAAUGCUAUUUUUCUGUAUUUGCUCAUCACAAUCUGUGGAGAAGGAAAUAAUGGAAUAUUAGGGAGAAAAGCUUAGCAUAUGUUAAUGAGAGAAAAUAUUUCUGUUAAAGCUGAAGGAUGGUGGGGUGGCUGUGUUGAUUUUGGUGCAGUUACUGUGAGAAAUGGGUAUUAUCAUUAAUUCUGGUAUUAAUGACUGUUGGAACAUUGCUCAGUGCCUCCCUCAGAUGAUUUAAUCUGAGAGAGCAGUCAGUGAUCUCAGCACUGUAAGGAGAAGGGUUUUACACUUCCUGAGACAUCACAGCUCAUAAAUACCUCCACAGAUUUUUGUUUCACUUUCCUUUUUUUACCAUAACUUUAUAGAGACCUUGUAGAAAGAAUUUUGAAGUGUUAAAUGAAAAUGGGUCAGUAACAAACUGAGGUCAAAUGUAGAUUUAGACCACAUUUGUUUUUAAGUUUCAUCUGAAAAGACUUCCUUGAAUUUCCCCCAUCACUUUCUCUCCCUGGAGCUCAGGGAAGGGUGGCAGGAUGCACGAGGGGGAUGGAGGGAAUGAGGCACAAGGAGGCAGAAAUGAAGGGUGUGGGUUUUAGUCAAGAAAAUUUCAAUAAAAUCAAAGGUUUCUAUGCUGUGGAAAACAAGAGCUUCUGCUUUAUCUGCACAUUUUGUGAAAUACAAUUCAAAAAGUCAUUGGCAAAUCCACUGAGUUGUGCUGGGGGGAAAUUGUCUUCUCCAGUAGGAAUUUUAUAAUUUCUGGGGUUAUUUCUGGAAUUAGUGUGUGUGAACACAUGGAUGCAGAUUUACAAUGUGCACAGAUACACUGAACUUGAUCACAGCAGCUCUACAAAGGUAUUUUAACUUGAAAUGUUAAAGGAAUUCUUCUCAAAUAUAUUUUAUUUGCUUUAUUUUUGUGUCUUGCUGCGUAUCAGUUGUAUAGUUCUGAAAAUUAGUCAAAUACAUCCAUACAAAUAUGGUUUAUUAUUUAUGUCCUUGCAACUGGUAACUUUUAGGCUUGGAAAUUUAUGAAAAUGCCCAUAAUAAUGAUAUUUCUAAGUGAUCUUGGCAAAUAAACCAACUGCUGUAUUUAUGAAGAGAUAAUCUUCUGCCGUGAUAACUUCUGCUUUAUUUUCACUGUAGGAAUCAGUUUCAUUUUAAAAAAAUAUUCUGAAAAUUUAAAUAUUAUUGUAUAACUUGGAUGUUUUCCUUCACCUACAAAACAGGAUCAUUGAUGAUUUCAAAUCUUUCAUCAUUUCCUUUUGGGCAAUUCCUUAAGCUUUGUAACCCGAGCAUAUUCCUAAGUUUCUGUGUGAAAAUCACUAUUUAUAUUUCAUUUUUAUGAUUUGUAUCAGUACGUGUAGCAAAGAAACUACUACAAACCUUCAACAGAAGUACCUCCACAUGGUCCAGGACCCCUGACCUGGGCAUUCCAGUGCCACGUGCCCAGAGAAACAGUCCAGGCGUUUGUACUGAGUUGGUUUUCUGUGUAUAUAGAGGGUAUUUAUAAUCUUGUAUUAACAGAGUCAUCAUUGGAAAUGCUGAUUUCCUGCUUUAGAAGCCUGCUCAGCUAUUUUUAUAUAAAACGUUGGUCUUCGCCUUAAUUUUUUUUUUUUUUUGGUGAAAAGUUGUGCCAUAGAUAUUUUAACUUAUCCACAGAUCCUUUACAGAGUUUGCUUUUUCUCUUAAUUAAUUAUUUUUUCCUGAAAUGGUCCUAAUUUGUUUUCUCCUCCAAAUGCAUCUCAAGGUUGGUUUGCUUUCUCAAAUUUUUUUUGUUUGUUUUUUUGAAUUUUUGGAAGAUCCCUUCAUCUGCAUGCUUUGGUAGCUCAAGUUUUUCCUCUGUAGUUUAUUGUUUAUAGUUUAGAAGAACCUUUUAUUGAAACCCCCUGAAGUAAUGCUUGUACAAAUGUAUUUAGGGUGGCCCAGAUGGUCAGAGAAAAGGGCUAUUUAGCAUUGGUAAAUUUGUCUACUGACUCAAGGAUAUUUUUCUACGUCUGUCAAGUUUGGGACUAUGGAGAAAUGAAAUAAAGGUGAACUAACUCCUUUUCCUAUA